AUGAAUGUAAUACGAACCGAAAAGGUUUUCCAACCACCGGGAGGACGAAAUGAACCUACUACCCGAGACCAGUUUGCUGUACCUUCUCUGGCAAAGAGAUCUGGUACGAAGAGCACCACGGAUGGCAACUUGAGCACGACCGAAUCUGGCGGUAUUAUUCUCGCAAUAACGACCGGUCGAGGCGAAGCGAGGGCCGAAGUGGGAUUGGCAGCAUUGGACAUCCGCUGCCCGUAUCUGAUUCUUUGCCAAAUCAGCGAUUCCCAAAUAUACACGAACGCAUUGAGCAAAUUAUACUUGUUCGAUCCCAUCGAAGUUCUGAUGCCAGACACGAUGUGUGAACGUACAACGAGCAGGAGCGUCCUCUAUCCCUCGAUCAAAGAUAAGUUUCCCGAGCUGCAAGUAACUCCGAUAUCUCGAGUUCAUUUCAACGACACUGUCGGUUUGGAACGAGUGAGAACUCUUUGCGCAGCCGAGUACUCGUCGGUGGAAUUAUUCGUUAAGCAAAAGUAUUACGCGUUAGCCGCAGCUGCAGCUUUACUGAAAUACGUUGAAUACGCGCAGCGUAUAGUUUACACUCCGAAAUCGAUGAAAAUCGAAUUUCAGGGAUCCCCGAACGCCACUACUGUAGAUUUGGAGAGUGCGCGGAGCUUGGAGUUGGUCCAGUCACAGAGCGGUCAACGAAACGUCAGUUUGUUAGGUAUCUUGGAUAAUUGCUCGACUCCGAUGGGCAGAAAACUCUUACGCGCCAACAUCCUCCAACCUCCGUGCGAAGAACGUCUUAUUCUCGAGCGACAAUCUUGCAUCGCCGAGCUGGUGUCCAACCGUUCGAUGCAGGCUCUGCUUCAGCCAAUAAUACGGCGACUCUACGGCGCUGAUAGGCUACUAGCACUAUCGACGACGCCCAUUCUGCAGGAAAACAAUGUGCAAUGCGCGGAGCAGAAUUUAAAUUAUCUGUUGCUCUUGAAAAAUUUGUUGAACGUUGUUCCGGAACUCGAGAGCACCCUGGCGCCUGCAAAGAGCGAUCUGCUUCAAAGAAUUCGAAAGAAAUUAGACGAUCCUCGUUACCAGCUGAUGAAGGAAAGAAUUCUCGAGACGAUACACUCUGACGCUAGGUCCGUGUCAGGAUACACGUCAGCGAACAUGCAGCGUUGCUUCGCCAUCAAGGCGGGAAUCAACGAUCUGCUGGACAUAGCUCGUCAAACGUACUGCGAGCUGAUCGACGACAUGAAAACCAUGGUGGAGAAUCUAACGUCCAAGUACCACUUACCUCUAUCCUUGGGGUGUAACGCGUCGCUGGGUUAUCACGUUCAAGCGAUACUGCCGCGAAACUUGGACACGGAACGUUUUAUCCCGCCGGACGAAUUUAUAGAGGUGCGGAGGAACAGACGAGUCUACACGAUGACCACGACCUCGCUCGCAACGUUGGGCCAACAGUGCAAGAUCGCGUCCGAAGAAUUGCACUUAAUGAGCAACGUGCUCCUUUGCGAUUUGCUACAAAAUCUUCGACAACACGUCGGUUGUUUGUUCCAAUUGUGCACCGACGUGGCUGAACUGGAUUUAAUAACUUCUCUCGCUCGAGUAAGUUCCAUUCAGACAUAUACCAGGCCAACGUUUGGACCAAAGUUGGAAUUACUCGACUCGAGGCAUCCGGUGCUGGAGAUUUUCGGUCUCGAUGGACCUAUACCGAAUAACGUUCAUGCAUCAGUGCCAUUGAACGUUCACGUCAUCUCUGGGCCCAACAUGAGCGGCAAAUCAACCUAUCUCAAACAGAUUGUAUUGUUGCAUAUAAUGUCACAAAUUGGCUGUUUUGUGCCAGCCAGAAAGGCAGUGUUUCGUAUAACGGAUCUCAUAUUCUGUAAAAUAGCUCUACGCGACGACAUCGAGUGCAAUGCAUCCACGUUUGCCAUCGAAAUGAAAGAAGCACAAUAUAUUCUGCGGUCCAUCACACCCACGUCGUUGGUCGUUCUGGACGAAUUGUGCAAAGGCACUGCGAUCGAGGAAGGUGCCUCGAUCGCUUGGGCCAUAUGCGAACGACUUUUGAACACGAACGCGUUUAUAUUCGCGGCAACCCAUUUUGUAUUUCUGACGAAACUGGCGGAUUUGUACUACAAUGUGACGAAUCAUUACUUUGAAACGAUAAACGCGCUAGGAACAACGGAAACGGACAAUUGUUGCCGAUUAACGUACACUCAUCGGUUGAAACUCGGAGUCGCGCCUACCGAUGAUUACGGUAUCGUUCUAGCAGAAUCGUCCGGUUUGCCAAAGUCUGUCACGGAGAAGGCUCGGAAAUAUGCUUCAGAGCAACUGACCGUCGAUCGAGUCAGGAUCGAGACGUCCACCUGGGAGCAUGCUUGUUACAAGAUUGUGAGCGAAAUGUACGAACUCUUAGAAAUCGAGAAACUUGAUCAAACGCAAGUAACGAGGUUCGUCGAGCGCAUUGCAAAAGUUCAGAUGCAAGAUGGAGGUAAGGACACCGUAAAAGAUAACGGAACAACAAAUAGCAAAGAAAUUGUCGCGAAGAAAAGGAACGAAAACGAAGUUCCCAGCGUUCCUACGCCUGUGGAACUAAAUCCUAGAAGAAGUUUCGAAGGAACUAAACAACGCACACCUGACGCACCCGAAAUCUGCACGGAUAACAAUGUUACGGGCGCUUGGACGAUUGCAACGCAGACCAACGUUGCAAUCGCCACCCACGUAACACGAAGUAGCUCCUUUGAGUAUCAAAAUAAUAUCCUAUCCAUGUCCCAGCAAACGCAAAACAAAACUAUCGAUUUUGAAAAUGUCGCGUCCGUGCCCCGCCAAACGCAAAACAAAACUAUCGAUUUUGAAAAUGUCGCGUCCGUGUCCCACCAAACGCAAAACAAAACCGUCGAUUUGCAAAAUAUCUCGAUUAGACCCCAACCAGCGCAAAAUAGAAUUUUCGAUUUCCAAAAUGUACCAGAGCCCCGCCAAACGCAAAGCAAAAAUGUUGCAACCGCGUCUCAGCCGAAGGAAAUCAGAACCGUCGAUUUUCAAAAUGUGCCUCUCAAUUUGGGUGGUAGCAAACGAAACGCGUCGUGUUAUUCGUUCAGUUCGAUCCCGUCUUUGCUCUUCCCUUCGACAGCCACCGAAAAUGCGUCUAACAAACUCGAGAAACAUCCGUCUACGUCGAGCAACAGAUCUUCAUACGCUGAAGAACUCUGCGAUGACCCCGACUCGAUCUGCUCUAAAACCAAUGACACUAUGCAGUGCACUCAGUUUACGGACAAAACAACGUCUAUGCGAGUGUUGAUGUCCGGCGAGGUAUCGUCGCUAAAACUGCACGAGUAUUAUCUCUCGGACGACGAUUUAGAACCGCCCGAUAUGUCUCAGGUUUCUAUUUUUAGUCGCGUGGCAGUGAGUAACAACACGUUGCAUAGCGAAAAGAGCGAGUAA